AUGUCUUUAAUUCAAGAGUCUCACGACUCGCUGCCAUACAUUGACCAAGAUAUAACCCCCGAUGAGCGGGCACGAGUCGAGAGCCAAAUCGCUGGUGAAGUGCCCAAAGACUAUUUAACGACGCUGCACCCGCUGCUGCCAGCUUCUGAGGAGCCAAAAUUCUCUUCUUUAAUCCAACAAGAGCUUGAACGACAAGCUGCUGGCCAGCCAUUGACGGGUGGCAUCGACUUAUCGCGAUAUGAAGCGCUAGAUCCUCCGCAGACAGACCCAACUUCGGAUGAGGAGCGACCGCAAGUUUUGGAGCAGUGGCGAGAUAUUCUUCGAAAAUCGUACUCCUCAUCUACACAUCUGCAGAUGCGCCUAACAAACUUGGCGCUGCUGGAAAAGUUUGGCAAAAACGCAUGGCUGAUUGGAAACUCUCAGCUUGAAGACGUAUUGCGAGGUUUGGAAAAGGAGCUUGCAGCUGUAAAGGAGCACACCGAACAGAUUAAUAGAUUACGAAAGGGAGCGCAGGAAGGUGUCAGAGGAGAGAUUCAAACACUGGAUAUGGCAUGGCAGGCAGGUGUUGGAAAAAUAAUUGAAGUCGAGGUCGCUGCCGAAGGGCUGAGACAGGAGAUUCUCGAGCUGAGAAGACAGGGCGCACGCUAA